UAUGUUUUUCCCGAGGUCGCUGGUGAUAAAGCUGCCUUUGCCAGAAGCUCGGGACGUCUGUGUGAGUUGAUACGCUGCCUCCGGUGCCAUCCGAACAAAGACCUUAAAGGGCUCCUGAAAUAGACGAAGCAAUGCGUCGGUCCGUGCAGCUCGCCCUGCUCGGCCUUAGCCUCGCGCUGGUCGUCGGCUACCCCUCCCCGGAUCAGGACUCUGGGAAACACUGGGUGGUGAUCGUGGCCGGCUCCAAUGGCUGGUACAACUACCGGCACCAGGCCGACGCCUGCCAUGCCUACCAGAUCGUGCACAGGAACGGCAUCCCGGAUGAGCAGAUCGUGGUCAUGAUGUACGAUGACUUGGCGCAAAACCCGGAAAACCCGACUCCCGGGGAAUUGAUCAACAAACCGAACGGCACAGACGUGUACAAGGGAGUGCCUAAAGACUACACCGGGGAUGCUGUGACGCCUCAAAACUUCUUGGCCGUUCUGAAGGGAGACGCUGCAAAUGUCAAAGGCGGUUCAGGGAAGGUGUUGAAGAGUGGUCCCGACGAUCAUGUGUUUGUGUACUUCACUGACCACGGAGCGCCCGGAAUUCUGGCUUUUCCCAAUGAUGAUCUUCAAGUCGACGAUCUCCAAGACACCAUUCAGUACAUGCAUCAGAACAAGAAGUACAAAAAGAUGGUGUUCUAUAUUGAAGCAUGUGAGUCCGGGUCCAUGAUGAAGCCCCUGCCUGCUGACAUCGAUGUGUAUGCCACCACCGCCGCCAACUCGCACGAGUCCUCCUACGCCUGCUACUAUGACGAGGCCAGGGACACCUACCUGGGCGACUGGUACAGCGUUAACUGGAUGGAGGACUCCGAUGCGGAGGACCUGGCGAAGGAAACGUUACUAAAGCAGUUCAAGAUCGUGAAGAGCGAAACCAACACCAGCCACGUCCAGCAGUUCGGCAACAAGACGUUGGCCCACAUGAAGGUCAUACAGUUCCAGGGUAACCCAAAAACGUACAGGCCGCCGGCUCCCCGGAUGUCCACCCCGUCAAUCACAAACAGGGAUCUGACCCCGAGCCCCGACGUUCCUCUGGCCAUCCUGAAGAGGAAGCUCAUGGCCUCCAAUGAUAUCAGAGCGGCGAGGAGGCUGCUGGCAGAGAUAAGCGCCCACCUCAAGGUCAGGGAGACUUUGGCUGAAACCAUGCGUCACAUAGUGGAGAAGGUGACCGGCAGCACGAUCAAGACCGAGGAGGUUCUGAACGAACGGGCCGAACUCCUCCAGUACCGGUGCUACAAGGCCGCGGUCAAUCACUACAAACACAGCUGCUUCAACUGGCACAAGCCUGAGUUUGAAUAUGCCCUGAGGCAUCUGUACGCUCUGGUGAACCUGUGCGAGAGGGGAUACCCUGCAGAGAGCAUCCUCAUGGCCAUGGACUCGGUGUGUCCCUUCAGCAAGUAAAAACACCCGAGCUGCUUCUCCCACACCGGAGGAGCUGAGGAACCAAGCUUCGUUUUGCACUGCGGAGGAUUUAAUCUGAUGUGGAGUUGACGUUAUCGUUUCCACGAACACACUAUCCCACGUUUUUACCAUGUUUGAUCUUACUGAGAUUUUUUUAUGCUCUGUGAUGAGUUGCACUAUGUGGAGCGUUUCCUGAUGAUGUUUUACUGCUUCUGGCUGUUGUUGUUUUUUUGUUUUCUUGAGUAUAGAACAAUUGAAUAUAAUUGAAUUAUAACCCAGAAUUACUCUGAGCUCUGACUGUCCAAUUGAGUGCCUGCCAUAAGUGUUUGAUUGAAAUGUAAAGGAUGUACUCUACAAAAAAAAUGAAUGUGUGUUGAAGCUCAAGACAUCUUGUCCUACUUCAGAAAUCUUUGAAUAAAAUGUGACAAACAUAA